GAUGGGAAUUUGGGUUUUCUCCUUUCAUUAGGAUGGUGUUAAAACUUUUGUAACCAGCAUGACAAGAUAAGAAGGCGCCGAAUGAAGCAGGUGUUGAUAGUUCAGAGGAGAGUAUGGAUCUCAGCCGAGUUCCCUAAGAUGGGGCACCAUGUGGCCCAGCUGGCUCUAUUUGUCAGCGAUCCAGACAAGGACAUCAGCCGGCAGGCCAGGGAGGGGACUUACCGGCUCUACCAGCUGCUGCUCCAACAGAGGGGCCUGACCAUACAUGACGCGGAAGAUCUCUGGUGCUAUGACUGGCACCAGGACAGCAGGCUCUUGGGCUACAAGAACACAGCCAGAGUGGGGGAGGUCUUUGGAAAAUUCUUCUGCGACGGGCAGAAAAGAUCCUUUCUGCAGACAGCAGUGCUGGCCAUCCACGACCCCCUGCUGCGUGUCAGCCAGGCUGGGCUGGUGCUCGUCUACUCCCUCCUGGGGGAAGCCCAGCAACUGAUGGGGGUCACGCACGAGGAUGUCACAGCCAAGGUCAUGGGCCAGCUUCACAUCAUCAGGCACUUGCACCAGAUGCCCGAGGCGCUGCAAGGGCUGUGGCUCAUCUGAUGCUCUGAAAGGUUCCCCUCCCUGUUCAGCAAGUCCCGCUCCCUGCUGCAGGUACUGCUCUGUCUCACUGUAAAUGCGGGGCUAGUGGAAGCGGAAAUGGAGGCCUCCUAGAGAACAGACUCUGACCUCCUCCUGAUCAGCAAUGGGGUUUCACCGUCCUCUCAGCAAACCUGUCAGCCAGGCUGGACCAGAUUUGAAGGAGGAGGAUAUCUAACAGGGUGGCUUGGCCCGUGGCUGCCCAGCCUGGGGCUAGGCCAAGUUGAUGACCAAGUGAGCCCCACCUGAGAGGAAAGAAGGGAAAAAAGCAGCAAAAGUACAGAAGCAGAGCGAGCUGUUCAGUAGACGGCCUCUGGCCAAAACCUGGAGUCCAGGGUCGGACUGGGUUCUCUCACCGUCCCUAAGGAAGGGGACACAGAAGACCAUAGAAACCCAAGAAGGGCAGGCCAAGCCGAAAUCAGGCCGAGGAAGAGCUCCCCACGAGGGUGGAAGGCCUUGUUUCUGUUCAAGACAUUUUUGGACUUUGUUUGGAAGGAGCACGACCCAGGAAGGAGUGGAGUAAAGGCCAGUCACCUGGUUGGGGGGCUGAGUUCCCAGACAACAAACUGCAAGCGUGAGUAUCAGCGGGGUUGCUAGACCAGCGAGAAAGCGGUGACACGAGGCCUGGCCAGCAUCUAGCGGGUAGAAAACUUCUCUGUCGAAUCCGCUGAUUUGAUUGCUUCGUCUUCUGGUUUCAGACCCUCUGUUCUCCUUCUGGGCUGCCUGGACCCUGACUGUAACAUCUCUCUGGCCCAGCCUCUUACACAGAUGUGUGCUGCAGCCAGCCUAGCGCAGGGAGCAGUGGGGACAGAUGGUCUCAUCCCGUCAGACCAAGAAACAAGGGUCCCAAUGAGGCUUAGAUGGAAGAUCCCAGGCAUCUCCUGGAGAGGAUGCGUCUGGGACCCUGGAGACUCUUUCGUGCAGGAGGUUUGAGCGGGAAGAGAUCAGUCACUGUCAUGACCCCCGGGUCAUUAACCCAGGUCUCCAGGGUUCCUGGGAGCAGCCACCUGGAAACCUACAAAAAACUGCUUACCUAGGACUGACGAAGUCCAGACCCAAUUUGAGGCUCCAUCCCUGAGGACCUAUUGGCAGAGUCCCAGAACAGCUAAUCGGCCCCCGGGACCUCCUUAAACCAGCAGCAGGAACAAGGAGCUGUCUGAACACCCGAGCUCCUCCCCGGCUCUGGACCGUGUGUUGGCUGUUCCUGCUCCCCCUCCCCAGGCUUGAUUUCCUGGCAUGCGGACUCGGGGUGACUCAUCUGACUUGAGGUGCUGAAGACAAUUUGGUCUUUUGCUUCUGCUCUUCCAGUGUCCUGACCCAGCUGACUCUCGACUCCUGCCUUGUGAGUGUGGACUCUGCCUCUGACCAUUAGGUCUGGCUGCUCAUGACCCGGCCAUGACACUGACUUUUCGACAAUUCCUCCAGUGCCCUUUUCUGCUCUCCAGCUCUGCUCUCCCAGCAAGACAAACCGAUCCCUGGCUCCCAGAGUCCUGCUUGCCUGCUUUUCAAGGGCUCGGGGGAGAGCUUAUCUUGCCCCCUCCCGCACCAAUGGCUGCUUUUCCUCGGGGACUCUCCCUAGCGCAGAGGAGAAUCCGUCCUGGCAGCAAUUCAGGAAGUCACGGAAGGGACGGUCUGCUCAGCUCCCUCUGCAAUGCCACUGCCCGAGACCAUUACGAGUGGGUGCCCAGUGACUGCGCCGGCAGCUCCUUGAGAGACUCCUGGGGCAGGGUAGUCGUGUUUCCCGGUGACCGCGGGAAGCCAUGCAAAGAGUGCGGCGUUGAGGAGACUCUCCUGCUGUCCCAAAGGGUUUCUGUUCUCCUGCACGGUCAGACCGUGGGGCCGGGUGGCAGAAUGGGGAAGAGCUGGUUGGUGAUGAGUUGGAGGAAUCACCAUAGAGGUGGCAGCAGCUGCAGAUCCUGGAGUCCCUGUGGUCGGGUUACCAUGCGUCCGGAUUUUCCCGGACAUGUCCGGCUUUUGGGGUUUUAAAUCACCCUCCGGGAGGAAUUUGUAAAACUCUCCAAAGGUCCAGGAUUUCCCUCCCAAUACAGC